AUGAUGCGAUUCGUUAUCAUUUUUCUUGCCAUCGCAACAUUCGCCGUUAUAUUAUGGCCCUCCUCCGGUAGCGUCAGCCUUCCAUUGCACGCCCAAUCCAACAUCACCAUCUCUUCGAAAGUCAAAUGUGACCCCGAUGUUGAUAGGUUACGAAGAAUGGACGUCGCCAAAUUGGCCAAAUACACCCGGCGCGAAAUUAUCGCUGAAUUCUCUCUGGACGAUUUGCCCAUGACCCAGCAGGUUGACUUACCCAUGAUGGACCAGAAGGUGAACCCUCCCAAGCCGGGAGCGACACCGGGCGCCAUGGACGGCUGCACUGUUCCCACCCCCUUGACCAUCACCGUCCCUCAACCCCCAAAGCUUCCGGACGCAUCGCACAUCGACUUUGGAGUCGCGACCACCGUCUCCCGAUUGAACGAGUCCCUGGAUCAAUUCGUGCACUGGGCUGGCUACACACGCACGCGAAUCUUUGCGCUGAUCGAGCCCGAUGAGUCUGGUCUUGGAGUUCAGAGUGUUCGCGCCAAAGCGGACGCAAUGGGAAUCAACCUCAUUAUUACAGAGGCGGAAGAUGACUACCUGCACCGUGGGCCUGCAUCAUCGAUGACGACACCUUUUUCCCCCUCGAUGCCCGCACUAGUGGAUGCGCUAGGCGCCUACGACCACACCAAGCCCAUGUACAUCGGCGGACUGUCAGAGGGUGUUCCGCAGAUCGCGGUAUUUGGCCUAAUCGCGUUCGGAGGCGCAGGCGUCUUCUUGUCGCGACCAUUGCUCUCGGAUUUGACCGCUGUAUAUGACGAGUGUGAGCAAAUGACUUUCACCGGUGACCGUCGUAUUGCGCAGUGUAUAUACCAGUACACCACCACCCGCAUGACGGUGGACCACCGUUUCCACCAGCUCGACCUGAUGAGAGACGCUUCUGGAUUCUUUGAGUCUGGUCGUGAGCUUCCGCUCUCCGUGCACCACUGGAAAUCUUGGUUCCAGGCCGAUAUCCCCAAGCUCAGCGUCAUUUCCGAGCUAUGUGGACCCACUUGUCUGCUUCGCCGAUGGAAGUUCAGCGAUGGAUGGAUGUUGACCAAUGGCUUCUCCGUUGUUAAGUAUGGUUGGAUGCCAGGGCCCAAUGACCUCAGCAUGGAAAUGACAUGGGAACCACACAACGGUGCCAACUCUGAUUCCUACCUCCACGAGCUCGGCCCAUUGCGUCACAAAGACGAUGAGAAAGUGAGCUAUCUGCUUGUGGACUCCGCUGUCGAUGAGAACGGCGGCGUUUCUCAAUGGUAUAUCAAACGCGAUGCGAAUGAUGGCGAUGAGAUCCUGGAGCUCUCAUGGCGGAAACAGCAGAUUUAG